AUGCACGGAGCAAUGGCCAGCGCAGACGGCUCACAGUCAUUGGCGCUUUCCUUUGAGCCUUUCGCAGCGAUGGGGUGGGAGGGAAGCGACGACCGCUGCCAAACGCUCUCGGCGUAUCUAAUAAUCCGAGAGCUGCCAUGGGAAAUAAAGUGGGGUUACAAGGCUCGACGUGGUAGCGCUUGGCCGCCUGUAGCUCAGUGGACGACAGUGCGUGUUGCGGUAAAACGACCUUUAAGGGAGGGCGGUAAAAACGAAACCACCCAAUCCGAGGCUGUCGAUUAUUUUGCGACGACGGAUCCCAUCCAUCCCCCCGCCUGCCGCUGCAACAGAUCCACGUUCAUUACUCGGCAUACACACGCUCCUUCGUCGAUCGAGCGAAUUGACCACAAUGUACCCAACAAGGUGAGCCAACGACAGUCCCGCGCAUUCGAUCUACGACAGACGACGAAAAGAAAGGCCGACAAGGGAGACAAUACGCUGGUACAGCUGUGGACAAAGAGAGGAACAGGGAAGAAAAGGGAUUGGAACGGCCAAUUGGCUGACCGCAGAUGCUCUCCCAUCACUAGAUUACUACGGGCCUCUCACGGUCCCGAGCCCAAUAUCACAGGCUUCGACAUUCGCGCCUUUCGCAAGGCCAGCGGGCAGCCACGGUACGACCCGUGGGAGCGGCAUGAGGCAUGGCGGUACCGCGGCCAGUUCUCGCGGUGGAACCGGUUCAAGGCGGGCUUCCCCGGCCUGGGCAUCGCGACGGUGGCGUUUGCAGCGUACUGCGGCUACGAGCACUACUUCCUUAAGGGAGACGACCACGGCCACGGCCACGGCGAGGAGCACCACUAG